GGGAGCGGAGCGAGCCGGGGCCGGGCCCGAGCCGGCGCCAUGGGGCGGCGCCGCGUGUGAGCCGCGGCGAGCGGAGCCGCGGGCGCCGAGCGGGGCCGGGCGGGCGGCGGCGCCCGAGGCCGACGGAGCGGCCGGGCCGGGCCGAGCGCGCCGAGCCGAGCCAAGCGGAGCGGAGCCGAGCGGCGGGAGAGGCCGCCGCCACCGCCAAGAUGGCGGACCUGGAGGCGGUGCUGGCCGACGUGAGCUACCUGAUGGCCAUGGAGAAGAGCAAGGCCACGCCGGCCGCGCGCGCCAGCAAGAAGAUCCUGCUGCCCGAGCCCAGCAUCCGCAGCGUCAUGCAGAAGUACCUGGAGGACCGGGGUGAGGUGACCUUCGAGAAGAUCUUCUCCCAGAAACUGGGGUACCUGCUCUUUCGAGACUUCUGCCUGAAACACCUGGAGGAGGCCAGGCCUUUAGUGGAGUUCUACGAGGAGAUCAAGAAAUACGAGAAGCUGGAGACGGAGGAGGAGCGCCUGGCCUGCAGCCGGGAGAUCUUCGACACCUACAUCAUGAAGGAGCUGCUGGCCUGCUCGCACCCCUUCUCGAAAAGUGCCACCGAGCAUGUCCAGGGCCACCUGGUGAAGAGGCAGGUGCCUCCAGAUCUCUUCCAGCCGUACAUCGAAGAGAUUUGUCAGAACCUCCGAGGGGACGUGUUCCAGAAAUUCAUUGAGAGCGAUAAAUUCACUCGGUUUUGCCAGUGGAAGAAUGUGGAGCUCAACAUUCACCUGACCAUGAACGACUUCAGCGUGCACCGCAUCAUUGGCCGAGGAGGCUUCGGCGAGGUCUAUGGGUGCCGGAAGGCCGACACGGGCAAGAUGUACGCCAUGAAGUGUCUGGACAAGAAGCGCAUCAAGAUGAAGCAGGGGGAGACACUGGCCCUGAACGAGCGCAUCAUGCUGUCCCUCGUCAGCACCGGGGACUGCCCGUUCAUCGUCUGCAUGUCCUACGCAUUCCACACGCCAGACAAACUCAGCUUCAUCCUAGAUCUCAUGAACGGCGGGGACCUGCACUACCACCUGUCCCAGCACGGGGUCUUCUCCGAGGCCGACAUGCGCUUUUAUGCGGCCGAGAUCAUCCUGGGCCUGGAGCACAUGCACAACCGCUUCGUCGUCUACAGGGACCUGAAGCCGGCCAACAUCCUGCUGGACGAGCACGGCCACGUGCGCAUCUCGGACCUGGGCCUGGCCUGCGACUUCUCCAAGAAGAAGCCCCACGCCAGUGUGGGCACCCAUGGCUACAUGGCCCCCGAGGUGCUGCAGAAGGGCGUGGCCUACGACAGCAGUGCGGACUGGUUCUCCCUGGGCUGCAUGCUCUUCAAGCUGCUGCGGGGGCACAGUCCCUUCCGGCAGCACAAGACCAAAGACAAGCAUGAGAUUGACCGCAUGACAUUGACAAUGGCUGUGGAGCUGCCCGACUCCUUCUCCCCCGAGCUCCGUUCCUUGCUGGAGGGGCUACUGCAGAGGGAUGUUCACCGGAGACUGGGCUGCCUGGGCCGGGGGGCCCAGGAGGUGAAGGAGAGUCCCUUCUUCCGCUCGCUGGACUGGCAGAUGGUCUUCUUGCAGAAGUACCCGCCCCCGCUGAUCCCCCCCCGAGGGGAGGUGAACGCUGCCGAUGCCUUCGACAUUGGCUCCUUUGAUGAGGAAGACACAAAAGGAAUCAAGUUACUGGACAGCGACCAGGAACUCUACCGCAACUUCCCCCUCACCAUCUCCGAGCGGUGGCAGCAGGAGGUGGCAGAGACUGUCUUUGACACCAUCAAUGCCGAGACAGACCGGCUAGAGACCCGCAAGAAAACCAAAAACAAGCAGCUGGGCCACGAGGAAGACUACGCCCUGGGCAAGGACUGCAUCAUGCACGGCUACAUGUCCAAGAUGGGCAACCCCUUCCUGACGCAGUGGCAGCGGCGGUACUUCUACCUGUUCCCCAACCGGCUUGAGUGGCGGGGUGAGGGCGAGGCCCCGCAGAGCCUGCUGACCAUGGAAGAGAUCCAGUCGGUGGAAGAAACGCAGAUCAAGGAGCGAAAGUGCCUCCUUCUCAAGAUCCGCGGUGGUAAACAGUUCGUCCUGCAGUGCGACAGUGACCCGGAGCUGGUGCAGUGGAAGAAGGAGCUGCGUGACGCCUACCGUGAGGCCCAGCAGCUGGUGCAGCGGGUGCCCAAGAUGAAGAACAAGGCCCGCUCGCCCGUGGUGGAGCUGAGCAAGGUGCCGCUGGUCCAGCGCGGCAGUGCCAACGGCCUCUGACCCCCCGCCCGCCCGCCCGCCUUUUAUAAACCUCUAAUUUAUUUUGUCGAA